GACCGUUUUCUAUUUUCCUCGCCCCCUUCUUCGCCGAUUUCAUCCGCCGGUAGUUCAGAUUUCUCUCGCCGACGGCUACUUGCGGAUGGUUUCCGGCGUCUAGGGUUUCUGAGUGUUAUAUGAUCUUCAUUUUCAUCACGGAUCUGUUAAAUUCAUACCUACAGGUUCGCUGUCACCCACUGUAGCGUAUAAAGAACAUAUUUUUACCGGGGAAGAGGGCGGAAACGCAACUAUGUUAUCGCGUUCGAAUUCUACGCAUCAAGAGAAGAAAAUUACGCGAUCGAAUCUGGUCGAACAGCUGAGAGAGUAUCAAAUUCGAACGAAGCAUGAUUGGGCAUCCGUCUCCUUAUUUACUCCCAGUUCUAAUCUGUAUACUUCCAGGGUGGAUGUGGUGGUUUUUGUAAUAUGGGAACUUGUGAUUCUUGCAUUUUUCGUUUUCUCAGGUGUUUCAUUAUAUUUCAGACAAUUGAAGCUUGCUUUAGUAUUAGGAAGUGUCACAUUGUUGCUAUUAUUAUGUAUGAAGGUAACAAAGCAUGUUAAACUCGCCCACAAAAAAAAGAGAAGGAUGCUUCUUCCUUUAUCAAUGUAGAAAAAAAAAAACAAAGUCUAAAACUCUUAGAUUCAUAUGAUGUUAUAGCCCCUAUGGCUUCUUCUUUUUAAUGUAAGUUUCAACUAAUUUUUGAUCA